CACCUCUUCAUCCACCCCUACACGCACACCUCUCAUCAGCCCGCCAGCUCAUCCUCAACCAUGCCUCGAUCUCCCAAGAAGCCCACCGCCGGUGAAGAGAUCGAUACCAAACCUUACGCCUCUGGCUCCGUUAAGAACCUUCCGACUAGUCCCAAGAAGACGUUGGUGACCAAGAAAUGGAGCCGCGAUGACAAACUCAAUAUCCUCAUGGACGUGAUCGCGACAGCGAACCCGGAUUGGGAGGCGAUCUCAAAGAAGCACGAGGGGAGGACGGCGAAUAUGGUCAAAGAUCAGUGGAGGAAGACGCUCUUCCCGGCUCUGCAGAAGACUGGAAGUAUCGAUAGUUCGGCGGGUGGAAAGGCAGCGGAAUAGGACGGGAAGGCGAUCUCCCGGGGAUGCUUCCUUGUAGAAUAACAUAGAACACGAUAGAGUGUAAAAGCAAGAUCCAGGGACGUAAGAGCGGAGGGCGAUCGUUUCUGUUAAACAACAUGUAUAUAUUACGGACGACAUUCGUACUUUACGAGCCGACAAUCGCU